UGGAAGUCGAUCGCGCGUCGUUGCUCGAGUGUUACAACGAGGGCGAGCGCGUGUGUGUUGGCGUAUACGCUUGUCCGCCAUUACGGUGAUACUCGAAUCGAUCAGGCGAGUUCUAUAGAUAACGAUACUCCUCUCGCUCGCGCACGAACGGCACGAAAGUCGAUAUCGCAUCGUUGCAGGUGAGUCGAUCGCCAUCGCUGCCCGCCUUUCGACACACGCGAGGAAUUGAAUUGAACUUCGAUAGCCGCGAAAACGCGCAGCGAACACACACGCCGACGACGAAGCUAUACGGAGCACGAGGGGAGGAAUAGAUAUAUAUAUAUCGGAGUCGCGUGCGUUCAUCAGUUUCAUCACGCAGAGCAGAGAGUCGGCCGCACUCGCAUCGCCAAGGGGGCGAUCGGCGCUACGCGACCCGCGAUGCGUCUUCCCGCGGCAUCCACGCGGUAACACAUCGUGGGAUUCCCGUCGUCCUGAUUCCCUUCCGCGGAUUUUCAGUUGACCUUCGAAAUUUUGCAAAACACGAGAUCGCCACGGCGAAUGCCUCGACGGGGUCCUGAACGUACGUGUAUAUGUUGACGCCGGCGUACGCGCGUCCAUCGUGCCCGAGUGUGUAUGGAGAGUAAUCAUAAACAAACGCUGCCGAACGGCACGGCGAAGGCAGGCACGUCGGACGACAGCAAAAAUGACAACAUACAAAUGGUCCUGGCGAAAAUGAUGGAGGAGAAGCACACUUAUACGUACAAGAAGCUGGUGGUGCCGCCGUCGAUGCGGAGUAUUUACUGGAAGUUCUUCGGCUUCCCGGCCACCGACGACGGCGAGAUACUCACCAAGGUGAAGAUCGUCUGUAUACUGUGCAAAACGCAGAUCGCGUACAAUCGCAACACCAGCAAUCUGCGCAUGCACCUGCAGAACAAGCAUGCCCAGGAGCUGAUGGAGCUCGAGUCGUCCAGCCUGUCGUCCGCGCGGCAGGUGAUGCCGCAGGACACCAAGGAGCGGAAGAUACAGAAGAAGCUGCUCAAGGCGGGCGUGAGCCCUACAAAAUAUAUCUACACCACCAACGCGGACGGUACCGUUCAGAUUGACGGCGAUAUACAAUUUGUUACAGAUCCUAACAUAAGUCUGUCGAAUAUGGAGGACGACAUAACCAUUGGUCAACCGCUUAGGGUGAUGAUCAAGGGUGGAUCUGCUAUUAAUGGUAACAGCCAGAACGUGGCGUUUCUCAUGUCGGAGGACAACAUGACCAGUCAGUCGGUCGACGUGAAAUCCGUGUCGGACGCUAUAGCGGAGUUUCUGAUAAUAGAUCUGGAAUUGCCCGAGAUUGUGGAGGGACGUGGAUUUCAAAGAUUGGUGGCGACCCUACGCUCGCCCUGCGAGAUACCCAGCAAGAACAAGCUGGAGGAGGAAAUAAUACCGAGAAUCUAUAAUAAUUUUCGGGAGUCGGUGGCGUCCUCCCUGUCCUGCGUCGCCUCGGAGCUCGCGUUGACCCUCGAGGAGUGGCGGUCGAAUAACGGCGAGAAUUUCAUCACGGUGUCGGUUUAUUAUCAGAAUACUGGACACGCCACUUUGGAAUGUAAGAUUUUAAGUACUCUUCACGCACCGUCGGAUUGGGACGAACCCCAGUGGAAAAGUAGGAUUGACUCUAUGCUACUCGAGUGGGAUCUGGAAGUAGAGAAGAUAACGGCGGUGGUUGUCAGCACGUCAAGACCUGAGUUGAUCGCGGCGCUAACUAACUGUGGCUUCACCGUGGUGCCGUGUUUGCUUCAUACUCUGCAAAUAUGCGCGCAGGACUGCUUCAAGCAUCCGGAUGUGUCCCAAACGUUAUCCAAAUGCAGAUCUGUCAUUGGAACUAUCAUAAGCCAUCCAAACGCGCUCGAAACGUUGAAUAUGCAAGCACAGCUAUCAGAGGAAGAAAGUACCAUAUGUCUGGAUUAUCCAGCUAUAUGGAUAUCGACCUAUACAAUGCUGGAGCAAAUGAUUGCGCGGCGCAACAUAAUUCCAUCUAUAUUAGAAGGCAUAGAAGGGAUAGAUCAGUCGAUGUUCGAAAUCACCAACGAACAGUGGAAAAUCAUGGAGGAUAUCGUGAACGUUCUCACGCCGUUCAAAGUGACCAUCAUGACAUUAAGCGAGGAAAAAAUGCCUCUGAUAUCCUUGUUGAAACCAUUACUUUGGCAACUGGUAUCUUCGCAUCUUAAAGUAAAGGAGUCGGACAGUGACACUGCUAAGACUUUUAAAGAGUCCUUGUCGGACAAGUUGUACGAGCAAUAUGCAGAUUUCACUGUCACGUUACUUCUACAAAUUGCAACUACUCUAGAUCCUAGAUUUAAAGCAAUGCCAUAUGUCACCGAGGAGGAUAAAAAUAUAGUUAGCACUCCCAUAAAGGAAAUGCUAACGAAAUUGAUUCAGGAGGAAUCUGGGGACAUCACGAUAAAGGCUGAAAAUGAGGAAAUACCAAGUAAAAAAGCUAGAGUCUCAGGUAUGGAGUUCUUACUUGGUAGUCUAUGCACCACGAAGGCUGGCAUGUCCGCGGAGGAGAAAGCAGAUCUCGAGGUUGUACAGUAUCAGUCGGAGCCUACGGCACCCCUCGAUUGCUGUCCCCUGCAAUGGUGGUCGAAAGUGUCCGCGAAAUGCCCGAAUCUGGCGAAGUUGGUGAGCAGGUAUCAUUGCGUGCCCGCUUGCUGUGCACCACCAUCGCGCAUUCCGCCGGAGGUACAGAUUCAGUAUGAUACAAAGCGCGCGAUUUUGCCACCUUCUCUGAUCGAUAAACUACUUUUCUUACAUGGUAAUCACACUAUGCAGAUGUGAAUAGAAUGUCUAUAAGCUUGCUCCUGAAAAAUACCUCGUUGAUGAUAAUUUUACAAAAAAUAUAGUUUACUUGCAAUAAUUUAAGUACAAAUUGACACAUAUGAGUGACACAAGUGUGAACUCUAUGUAACUUUCUUUAAUUCCGUAUGCAGUGUAUACGUAUUGUGUAAUGCAGUCUAAAGCGCUGAAAAAUAUCAAAUUUUGUUUUUACUUUUAUUGAAUGCAAACAUUCCUAAGAUUUGAUAUAAGAACGAUCGAUCGCUACCAAGUAAAUAAUGAAAUGCGAGGUUACAUUAAAAUACUACGAUUUUUGUUGCAUAAUUUAAUUUAUAAUUAAUAGAAGACGAUAUAAAAAUGAUCUCUUGUAGAAGAAACGUAUACAACUUGUUUUUAUACAAUUCUAAGAAUUCUUAAAAAGAAGGUGUAUAUAAUUAAUCCCCUCUUUGCAAAAUAAAAAAAGUAUUAAUAUUAUGUCUCGAAAUUUGUCGAUAAAGAUGUGAUCGCUCUAUUUUAUAUAUAUUUUAAUAUGUUAGAUUUAUAAAAUAGUGAAAUAAAUGCUAAAACUGGGGGACAUUUCUGAGACCAAAUCUAAAAUUAGUCAAAAAUCGUGUAUAGAAGAUUUAGUUAUCACAACCAAUGAACAUGACAUAACAACUUAUGUUUUAAUUUAAGUUUCAAUGUAAUGCUACCAUGAAUUGUGUGAUGAAUUUAAUGUAUUUUUCUUUAAUAUAAAUCUAAUAGAGUAUUUUAUCUGUAUUACCAUAGUAUAUAUAUAAAAAACGCAUUAUUAUAUAGAUGAUUAAUAACACAUUAGAUGCAAAUUGAUUCGACAUGCAUUCUAUAAUUUUAUUGUACUAAAUAUUUGGUAUUAUUAUAUGUUUAAAAUGUAUAAACGAAUCACUUGCUAUAUACAUUUAUUAUCAACAAACAUUAAACGUAUAAUUGGAAUCGUUACUCAUUACAUCGAAAAA